AAGAUAAAAGUUUGGUAUAGUUACAAAACUUUUUUUGGAACAUCAUCUGACAAAAAACAUGCUGCUGGUUGAUGUGUCAAACAUAUGCAAUUUUUCUGAGCAGAUUUAAUAUACAGAGAAUUUCUUUAACUAACGAAUACUAGUGCAAAGCCAUGCACGUACAAUGUCUUCAGAUGAUGAAAGAAAGAAACAGGGCUUAAUCUCCCUUCCCCCAGAACUUGUAGAAAAAAUCUUUUUGUAUCUUGAUGUGGAAGACAUUGCCAGGUUAUCCUGUGUCUGUUUGGCAUGGCGAGAAAUUGCUAAUGUUGACCAUAUAUGGCUGCAUCAUUGUAUGGAGAGGAAGUGGAUGAGAUUUGGUCUUCAUGACAACAUCCUUCAAGAAUUGCCAUUGUGCAAACCCCAGUCCAAUGUUUCCAAUACAUCUCCUUACUUCAGGCUCUAUAUUCCUAAAGAAACACGACUUUCCCCAAUAUGUCGUUGGAAGAAUGUGUUCAUCAGAGUUUUACAUUUAUUCAAAAACUGGGAUAAAGGACGUUACACUUUACCUUUGACACUUAAAGGUCAUAAAGAUCAGGUCAAGGCCAUCGAUUGUAAUAGAACUUGCAUAGUAAGUGGCUCAGAGGACAAUACAGUGAUUGUGUGGAGUUUAAGUACUGGCUCCAAGUUAUUUGACAUCAAAGUUCAUUCAGAUGCUGUGACAGCUGUCAAAUUAAAGGGCAACAUGCUGGUGACAGGCUGUGCUGACAGCUCAGUGCGGGUGAUCGAUUCCACCACCGGUCAACUGGCCUUCUCUCUCCAAGGUCAUCAGGGGUCAGUGGACCACCUGGCCAUCAUUGAGGACUUUAUCGUCAGUGCUGGCACUGACAGAACAGUGAUGGUCUGGUCCAUAUCUCAACAGAAACAUGUGCAUACCUUACGAGGACAUGUGGAUGAAAUAGAGUGCAUGGCUCACAGUGGCUACACAGUGGUGACUGGGUCCUGGGACAAGGCACUGAUGGUGUGGGACAUCAGACAGGAGGACGCGGUACAGAUGCUUCAUGGGCACAGAGAGGUCGUGACAUGCUGUUACUGUACGGAGGACACAGUCAUCAGUGGGAGUGGGGACUCAGAUGUCCGGAUCUGGAGGAUUCCAUCUGGAGAGUGUCUACAAGUUCUGUCAGCUCACAAGGCUGAAGUGUAUUGUUUGGCUUGCUCAACAGAUGUAAUAGCUUCAGGAUCAUCAGAUAGCACGAUCAUCAUAUGGAGUUACUCUGGGAGCCUCCUACACACGUUGACGGGCCACCUAGGUGUGGUCAGGUGUUUGUACAUCAACGAGUUCCGCCUAGUGAGUGGUGGCGACCAGAAAAAGAUCAACGUCUGGGACUACCGGAGCGGUAAACUGCUGAAUACGAUUCAUCGCAACCCCACGCGGCUCCAUAAGAUGCUGGUCACUGACACUAAGCUGAUAACAGCCUCCCCAGAGACCCCGGGGACAGUCACCAUGAUCAGUUACUGGUGACCACUACUCCUCAGAGACCCAAGGGACAGUCACCUUCAUCAUUUACUGGUGACCACUACCCCCCAGGAUGGAGGAUAUCAUACUGGUUUGUUAUAGAUACCAAUAAACUUCUUCAAUUGGACAAGUGAAAUAUUUCAGCACCAGAACUUUGUCAGCAUCUGGAACUUGUCACAGUUUGAGCAUAUUUAACAUCAGAACUCUGUUAAAUGAACACUGAAUAGCCAGUUAGGAUUUAGAGUGUCUUAUUCAAUCAAAUUCAAAUAUUUCAUGAUUGAUUGCAAGAGUUUUACUGGACCAUUCAUUGGUCAGACCUUCUACUUAGCUCAAGUUUGAUUGCUUUGUGAGUGUUUAACUACACAAUGUAGAUGACUAGAGUGUGUGUGUGUGUGUGUUAAACCACAAUACACAAUUCCAACACAAUUCAUUUAGGUGAUUUCUGGCAAACAAUCAAAAUAUUAUAAAUUACAGUUAUUAAACACGAGCAAGUUUUGGUACACUGUAACCUUUGAAAUACUAAUUCUGUACAAAUGUGAAUUUUACCUUGACUAACAUUCCUUAAAGUUUAUCACUAGGUGAAUGGUUUCAAUAUGGGAACUGCACUACAUUAUGAAUAACAUAUUUUUAAAUUCUGUAUCUCCACCAAAAGUAUAAUCUGGCCUGAUGUGUUUACUUUACUACACAAGAAUUUUUACCCUAAAAAUGAAGCCAUGUACAAUUGUCCACAUAAUUUUUAUUUCUUGAUACUUGUAUUACAUUGUCUGGGGUAUCAUAUUUUUUGCCAUGUCAAAAGACCUCAUGUGCCUUUAUAACAAAAAGUUGCUCAGAAUUAAAACAUUUACAUAUAAACCAGUAUAAUUGUCUGUUCUAUUAAUCAUUACUAAAUAUAGUGAUAUUUUUUAUAAUCUUUACUUUUUAUGUACAUUUUGAAAUAUCUGUGAUAAUUUGUGUAUUUUGAGUACACAAAAAUCUGUGAUAAUAUUUCUUUAUUUUGUUCAUGCAGGAUUGAAUAAACAUUUUGUUGAUAGAA